CCUGUCUUGUUGUUGGCAUGUGUCAGCGUGUGCUGCGGCGUCCUCGUCCUCGUCCUCCAGACCGGCACGACCUCAACGCGACGCUUUUCUUCGGGCUCCCGCGGCAGACAAGAUCUUCCGGCUAGCAAUGAUGGUCCUCAGGUUGAAGACCUACUGGUUCUUGUUGUGGACACUAGUGGUCUCAGUAGCGUCUCUCACGACCACGGGGACGGCAGAACUCGUUCUUCACCAGGAAGCUUCCACGCCACCUGGAGGCGUCUCUGCAGACCACAAACCUGAUGGGACUACACUCAAAACGGCGACUUUUAAAGACUCUCCAGAAGCAGCUGGCAGAACAUCAAACGAGGGGACUAUCUCUGGGACACAACCUACAGACGGUCAUCAGUCGUCUAGACCUUCUCCGGCAACGUCACCCAUCAUGGAGUUGGAAAGGAAUUCUACUCCAGUCUUGAUCCGAAACCACAGUCCUGAUCAGAUGUCCACGCCGCAGACUCCUGAACCGUUGACCACAUCAGACUCAUCCCAAAACCUCAGCAGUCCUCCAGUUCCUCAGACAACAGCAACAAGAAGUCUGAUCUCCACACCCGAGUCUCCUGAACCAUUGUUGUCCAACUCCGUCUCAGGCUUUGGGACAACUGGAGGAACAUCGACUGAUCUGAUGUCCACACCACAGCAUCCUGAACCGUUGACCACCUCAGGCUCAUUCCAAAACCUCAGCAGUCCUUCAGUUUCUGAGACUAUGGCCACAAAAGGAUGGAUCUCCACACCAGAGUCUACCCAACCGUCACUGUCCAACUCCCUCACCUCAGAGUCAUCCCAAAAUUCCAGCAGUCCUUCAGUUUCUGAGACCACAGCCACAAAAGUCUGGAUCUCCACACCAGAGUCUACCCAACCAUCACUGUCCAACUCCCUCACCUCAGAGUCAUCCCAAAACAUCAUCAGUCCUUCAGUUUCUGAGACUACAGCCACAAAAGUCUGGCUCUCCACACCAGAGUCUACCCAACCGUCACUGUCCAACUCCCUCACCUCAGACUCAACCCAAAACCUCAGCAGUCCUUCAGUUUUUGAGACUACGAGAAGAAGCCCGAUCUCCACACCAAAUCCUGAACCAUCAAGUCCCAUCACUGAGUCAUCUGCAGAACCAUCGAGGUCCAUCAGUUCCUCGUCUCCCACCAGCUUCCCAGUAACCACAAGAACUCCACCCUGCGUCCCCUCGAAGGACAGACCCAGAGUGGAGGAGCAGUCCUGCUCCACCCGUGGCCUAGUCAAGCCCUGCCUCAUCGCCAUUGCCUUCCUGGCGGGGCUGGCCACCGUCUUCAUGGUUUCCACCAUCGUCCUCUGCACCAAGCUGUCCACCAGGAAGUACCAAGUGAGGAGAGCCAAAGAGGCGGACACGGAGAUGACCUUCAUGUCGACGCUCAUGCCGGAAAGGUACUACGCGGGCGUGCGGCAGCGCAGCCCGCCGGUGACUAACGGGGUCCGCUUGCUCCCCAGCUUGGGGGACAGCGAUGAGGACACCAGCGAUAAUCACACACUCAGCAGCUUCCUGCCAGAAAGUGAUCGCUUUGUGUAGACGCACAUCAAACACAGACCUCUUGGAUGGAGGCGGAGCUUCAUGGUGCAGAUCUACAACCUGCUUCCAUGCACCAUCACAGCACCUGUACUCAUGCAUUGUGGAAGAGCUCCAGCACUCCUGUCAUAUAGAUGAUCUUUGACUCGCCCUUUUGGAAAUUGGUCCUUAAAAAACAGCAGAGCACUCCUGUUAUAUAAAUCGUCCUGUUAUAUAAAUCGU